GGCGUGGCCUGGGGGUGUUGCGCUACAAACAGGAAGUCGCGCGCAGCUGCGCCAUUUCAGUACACAGCUCUCGAGCUGCGCCAUUUCGACUCAAACUUUUGGCUGUGCAUUUUGGGCACUUGUUUAAACUUUUCGACGAAGUUGUUCUUGUUCGAAGAACACGAAUCCAUUCACUCUUGGCUCCCGGAGCAUUUUGUUCGUCUGAGAAAUUAUCCAGUUCUCUGAGUGCUGCUGCUUCUGUGGAAGCUUUGUUUUGUCUUUGCGUUAAAGCUCGGAAGGAGGACGCCAUUUUGGACGCUUCGUCUCUCAUGUAUCCUCCAUCCAGCAGUUUUGAAAUCAUGUUGGGCGAAACGCUUGGUGUUGAACCGAGCCUGGACAACGUCGAGAACAACGAGCCGACUCUGUUCAUCUCCUGUGGACACCUGAACAAGUCCUCGAGAAGAGCUGUGCUGAAGAAAGGAGGACACAGGGUCCGAGUGCAGAGCAGGAAUGCUCAUAAUCAGGCUCAGCAGCACCACAGACAGGCGGUGGUCCUGAGGAACAACACUGCACAUUUAACCGACAUCAUCAACAAUAAUAACAACAACAACAACAGCAACAGCGAUGUUAAAUCCACAUCACAGAGCAAUAACACCGAGCUUCCGGCCAGCAGAACUGCACCCAGUGGCUCCACACACUUAAAAACACCAUCCAAGAAGGAGCUGCUGAAAUCAAAAACAGGAAGGGGAGAAAGAGGAACUCAGCCGGUUAGGCCAUCUCCACACAGCGCAGACAAACACAAGCCGUGCGCUCCCAACCUGAACACACGCGCUCAAAAGAGCAGGCACGUCAAAUACGAGAACAGGGAUAGGAAGAGGCCUCUGAGGUCAGCGGACGCUCCAAGAAACACAAACGGUGAACUCUCAUCUGAGGAUAAUCUUAAAGAUACAGAGAAGACCUACGCUGGAGCCAAGUUUAGCGAGCCCCCUUCACCGAGUGUGUUGCCCAAGCCGCCGAGCCACUGGGUGGGUGAAAACAGCCCCAAGCAUUCCGACAGCAGCCGGGAGCAGAUGUCCGUGCAUCUGAAAACCAUACUGAAGGUCCAGUCCAAGCCGUGACUCCAGUUACAAAGAACAACAACAAUAAACCCCUGGGUUUUUCAGUUUCACAGCAGAAAAAAUAGGCAUUGGAUUCUCAGGUGAAAGAAAAUUUUAGUAAAUUGGCUCCAGGCAGUCAGGAAAAAAAGAUUAUGGAACCUUGUUGCAACAGGAAGUGUUGAGUUUUGAGCGUAAUAUCAAAAAUGUCUUGCUUUUGUCUUUAGAAAGAGACCUUGUGUUAAUUUUUUUUUAAACUUGUGUAAAUGUAAAUACUGUAAGACAUGUAAUAUAUGUGUAUAUUUUUUGGAUGUUAUUUUAACAGAAGAGUAAAUCUAGUUUUGUUACUGAAGCUUAUGAUGUUUUCAUCAUGAUCUGAUGAUAUGCUCUUUGCAAGUGUACUGAUUGAGGCACAGCGAGCCGUCUCGGGACGCACAUUACAUGUGAAAGGUUUGCUUAGUUUUGCACAAGACUGAAAAACCAACACGGGUCCCUUUUAAGAUGUGAGGAUGAACUAGUGUGCGGUGCUAUGGCUGAAUGUGUUUUCUAUGUCAUGGACUGUUCUGGAAAGGGAUGCAGCUAAUAAAAGGGAGUGGAAGUUUAAAACGAAAGGACUGAAGCAAAAUGGACAAAUCACAAACGGCACUUCUGAAAACAAAUGAUUUGUUAUACCAGUCUUGCAAGCACCAAUCGUUCUGGUAACGGACAUUUUUCUUUCGUUCUGUAGCAUUUGCCUGGUUUAUUAGAUUAAGAACAUUGUAUUUAGACAGGAAAUGAUGUUUACUGUGAGAGAAGGUUUUGUGGUUAUGACGUGUUUACAUGUCUGUGGAGAAAAGCCAGGCAUCUACCAUCAUCCUGUUAUCCUUUUGACUAAACUUUCACUAAAACCAAGACAUUUUUGUAUUUGCAAAAAUCCAACACAUUUUGUUGCAACACUGAUUGAUUUUAAUGUUUGGCCUCUUUUUAAAAGUACAAAAAGAAGUAAUUUGCGUCCACAUUUAUUAAAUUGGUCUGAGAAACGUUAUGAACGUUUUUAACUAAAACUAUUGAAAUAAAGAAUUUGGCCACCCCCUUUA